AUGGGGAUCCUGUCGGGAGGCGCGGCAGUUACGGGGCAAGGGCAGCUCGGGGCCCCGCGGAGCCGCCGCCUGCAGCCCGAGGGCUCGGCCCCGGGAAGCCGGAUUCCCAUCAUGGUGCUCAAGGUCUUCUUCCCUUCUUGCUGUUGCGCAGCAGACAGUGGCCUUUUGAUUGGCCGCUGGAUCCCAGAACAGAACUCUGCAGUUAUCUUAGCUGUUGUCCACUUCCCUUUCAUCCCUUUCCAAGUAAAGCAGUAUCUCUCUGAAGUACAGAAGGUCAGCCAGGUAGAAAUUGUCGUGCUGGGCACUUGGUGUAACAACAAGCAGGAGAAGGAAGAGAGCCUGGGCAAAUUCUUAGAAGACCUGGGCACCAUUUUUUCUCAUGAGCCUUGGCUCCAGCUUAGCAAAGAGAAAGGAAGUAAGUUCUGGACCUGCCAUACACUUGCCAGACAAGCUGGCACCCCCAAAGAAGAUCAGAUCAUUUUAAUCUAUUAUGACCAGCGCAAAGCCAUGCUGUCCCAAUUGCAUCCCCCCGAGAUAUCUCUGGAUAACCAGCCAGGGGUCAUCACUGCUCCCGAUGCUUCAAAACUUGCAGCUGUGUUUGACACAGUGGCCAAAAGUGAGGUGCUAUUCCUGACAGACAGGUACGACGAUGGGCCCAUCAAACUGAGCCACUGGCAGUCGGAGGGUGUGGAGGCCAGCAUCAUUGUGGAACUGGCAAAGCAGGCAUCUGUGCCCGUGUGCAUGCUGCUGACGUUCUUGCUUUCCUUUGUCUCUGGUCUUUGUAGGAGCAGAAUAUUUAAAUUUUGGCCUUUGUCCUUCAUAUGGAGCAAACUCUCAACUUGUGAGCAGGUUGGAUAUCGACUAGAACAUCUCAAAUUCGUCUUUAGCAACCAAAAAGCUGAGAACCAAACCCAGCUGAUGAGGAAAGCCAACAUCUUUGUUUCCCUUCUUCUUGACAUGGCUCUGGGGAUCAUGCUGCUAUCCUGGUUAUACAGGAAGAAUCGGAUUGGUCAGCUGGCUGAUGCUCUCAUCCCAGUUGCAGAUCAUGUGGCCCGGGAGCUCCAGGACCUGCUGCAGUGGCUGAUGGGUCCUGCUGGUCUAAAAAUGAAUCGAGCUUUGGACCAAGUGUUGGGUCGCUUCUUUCUCUACCACAUUCACCUUUGGAUUAGUUAUAUCCACUUGUUGUCCCCAUUCAUUGAAAUGAUCCUGUGGUAUGUAGGUCUUUCAGCAUGCCUGGGUCUGACAGUGGUGUUGUCCAUACUUUCAGACAUCAUUGCACUGCUCACUUUCCACAUCUACUGCUUUUACGUCUAUGGAGCCAGAUUGUAUUGUCUGAAGAUCUAUGGCUUGUCUUCUCUCUGGCGCCUCUUCCGAGGAAAGAAAUGGAAUGUCCUGAGGCAGCGGGUGGAUUCCUGUUCCUAUGAUUUGGAUCAGCUAUUUAUUGGGACUUUGCUUUUUACCAUCCUGUUAUUCCUUCUGCCCACCACAGCCCUCUACUAUUUGGUCUUUACUCUGCUUCGUCUAUUGGUGGUGAUCGUGCAAGGGCUGAUCCAUUUGCUAGUGGACCUUAUAGACUCCCUUCCCCUCUAUUCCAUUGGUCUUCGGCUGUGCAGGUCCUACAGACUUGCAGCUGGUGUAAAGUUCAGAGUCCUGGAGCAGGACUCAGGCAGACCCCUUCGACUGUUGAUGCAGAUCAAUCCUUUGUCGUAUGGCAGUGUGAUACAAACCUACCGUCUCCCCACCUACAGCUGUUACCCUAAGGACUCCUGGGGCUCACUGUGUAAGAAGCUAUUCUUUGGUGAGCUCAUCUACCCUUGGAAGCAGAAAGGAGACAAGCAGGACUGAAGGGUGGAAAUCAGCCAAAUGUGCAAGCCUGAGCCAAAGCAAACGUUUUAACUUGCUGCUCUUGGGCCAAAGGCAGCUCGAAGCCAACAACUGCUGGCUCGGUGCUGCCUGACCACAGUGCGGCCAAGAAACUGAGACUUUAGCAGGGACAGGAGCAAGGUUUAAAGAGGGGAGCACUUUGUGGGUUCUCUUUUAGUUUUUCUCUUCCCAUCUGAGAACUUAGGUGGUGUUGACUGGUUGGGGGGAGGGGAUGUGGGUUUUAAUGAAGUGUUGUUCCAUCUUUGAUUACAUUAGUUCCUUCUGGGCAGGCCAAGGAUCAGCAGCUGUUUUCAAAGAAAGGUCAGCGUGCUGGGUACCUCAAGCACAAGAUGAUGAUGUCCCUGUACAGUGGUGUCCAUUUGGACCCCAUGGUGUCUCUCUCCUCUGUCCUACCUGGUUCUUUGUUAUAAGUUUAGUUUCUAAGGGUGAGUUUUGUUGUACAUGAGCAGUUGCUGCUGUCAGUCAUGACUGCGGUGGGAAUGUGUGUUCAGUGUAGGCUGCCUUCCCACUCUACUUAACAGAGUAUGUCAUUGAACAUUUCAGAAGCUGGUGACCAGCAUUCAGACUAUGUGCUGACAAACAUACAGCUUCCUCCCCCCAGGCAUGGUAGAAAGCGCUUGUCUUUUAUAUCACUUCAUGUGUUCUUGCUAAAAAACUGACCUUUCCCUUCCCUGAAGCACUCAGGAGGGCAGUAGGUAUAGUGAGGAGAUAGACCUCAGAUAGACCUCUGCUCCAUUGCUAGAAAAAGCUGGCUGCUAUAGAACUAUUCAGUUUCUCCUUUCACUGUUUUCCUUUUUUCGGAGACUCUCUUCUGAUUCAUUUACCAAAUGCCACGGUCUGUGAUUUGUGCCACACACCGUUAUCCUAAUGGACAUCAACUCCUCCUAAUGUUAAUAAGUGACUCAAGCCUCCAGUUGUCACCAUGGCUCUCUAAUGUUUUCCCUCUCCCAGGUGUGUUUGGAAUCUUCCACGUUCCUCCUCUCCACAUCUAUAUAUACGUAUAUAUUUUUACAGAAGUCUUUGUUCUCUUCUUUUCAAAGAUUGUACUAAAAAACAUUGUGCAAGAUCGAUCUUUCCAUUUGCCAGAGAUUUAAAGGUAAUAGGCACCAAUUGGAACUUCAAAUUCAUAUUUUCACUAUAAGCAGAGCUGCAAAUUUUGGUCCUUUCCCUGGAUACCACCUCCUUUUCAUGUUGCCACAGGAUUCUGAAAUCCUGACUCACUUCUAUUUGAGUAAAAUUUCUCUUUGGAGGAUGGAACAGAGAGAAUGUCCUUUAAGGAUAUUCUGCUCCCUAUCAUUAUAAUCUCUUUGGUUGGCUUAUGUGGUCAGACCUAAAAAUAUCUCAUUUCCUGUGUGUGCGCCUUUGUGAGUGUGUGUGUGUGCGCGCGUGCGUGUGCAUGGUGUGUUUCCUGCUAAAAAUAACAUUUCCAAGGGCUUUCCAGAAGGUUUUCUUCUGAGAUGCCCUAAGACAGUCAUUUGUAAACUCAACAAUUUUGGGAGAUCAAAGCAGCCACUAUGCUUACAUUGGUCGUGACCCAUUCAGCCCCAGAAAACCCACUUAAGAUCCACUUAAUGGGAGGCUCAGGGGAGAUGGCCUAAAUCUCUUGCUGAUCCAAUUAAACAGAAUUUUCUCCAUUUGCUAACAUUUCAUGGAGAUAUUAAUUUUCAGAAUGAGCCGCCAUGGGGUCCUGAAUGAUGCAAGUACCUUUUGAAGCCAGGCCUCUCUAUAUGGACGAAUAAAGACAGGUUCCAUAGAUGACAAACCCACUUCUGUUUGUAUUCUGGGUUUACACAUACAAAUGAUCGCUCUACUAUCUAUCUCCACUGAUAUGAACUAUAAUACUUCUAUUGAAAUAACUCUUGGAUUCCUAGUUAGGAUUCUUUAGUCCCUUGUUCCUAAUCUUGCAUUUAUAUCUCUGGAGAAUCUGAAAUAGUUUUUAAUAGACAUCAAGAUUGAUCAUUAUAUUCUACUAACUUCUUGGAGAAGAGGAAGUAAUUGUCUCCGUAAAAGAUAUGAACUGGUUAGACUGUAAGCUCCUUGAGGAGAGGAACCAUGUCUUAAUUUAUCUUGACUAUGUCAGUGCCUACUAAACUGUCAAUUUUAAUUUAAGCUUCUCAGUGAAGUUAGCAUUUGAUAAAUGUUUGUCUCCUUUGAAAGUCAGACAAAGGAGUUAGCCUAAUUGGUUUCAUCACAUUUAUAAUGGCAAUUAGAAACAUAACUUAAUAGGACCUUUGGUCAUCUUUUAGUACUCGUGAGCAUAAGCAAAGCCCACCAUGUAAGUAAUUACAGCUUAUGUAUGGGCAUCCAUUGUAAAGAAUGAAGACAUUGAGAAAUUCUACAAAGAAGUAGAUAAGAUCCUCCAAACCAAGCCAGUACUUUGAUACUUAGUGACUUCAGUUAGAAAGGUGAGGAGGAUGAAAAUAUGUUGGAAAACAUGAUGCAUGUUACUGAAUAGAUAAAUGGUCACAUGACAUGCAGUUUUCAAAAGAACAGUCAACAACUAUAUGAAAAUCAGUAAUAACAGACAGACAAGUUAAAACAACUCUGAAGUUUCACCUCACACCCAUUAAAUUAUCAAAUGUUUUAAAAGAGUCAAUUUUGGAGGGACUAUGGGGGGAAAAGCACACCAAUAAACUGUUGUUAGAACUAUGAAUUGGUCCAACCAUUCUGAAAAACAGCCUGAUAUAUUAUGCAGCUUACACUGUUCAUACCCUUAGACUCAUGUAUCUUACCACUCCAUCUAUGCUCCCAAAAGGUCCCAUACCAAAAUAUUUAUAGUAGCCCUUUUCAUUGUAGCAAUAAAAUUGGAAACAAAGUGUGUGCCCAUUUAUUGGAGAAUGGCUGAACAAAUUGUGAUAUAUGAAUGCAAUAUAGUAUUAUUGCAUUGUGAAAAAUUCAUAGAAAUAUGGGAGGACUUGUAGGGAUCAAUGCAGACUGAAGAAAGCAGAAUCAGGAAAAAAAAUUAUACACAAUGACUAAUAAUGUAAAUGAAAACUCUAAAAGACAUCAAAAUUCAGAUUAAAUAUAAUGAUCAAUCUUGAUUCCAGAGGAUUGAUGAUGAAAAACACUUUCCUUCUCUUAGUAGAGAGGUAAUAGACUAUGGGUAUGAAAUGUUACAUACACUGUCUUGUAGUUGUUGGAUUGGAAUUUUACUUAACUAUUUUUCUUUAUUGUGAGGAAGGGUUUUAUGGGAGCACUUACUGGGAAAUUAUUAGUAUAAAAAAUUAUCAAUGAAACACUGAGAAAUAACAGGUUUGAAAAAUAAUGAAGGCCAAAGGUCAGAAGCUUAAUACUUUCAUGUCAAUAAAGUCAGUAAACAUUU